GUUGACCCAAGCAUAUACAAAUCUUCCUUCUUCGUUUCAUAUUAUAUAUAUAUAUAUAUUUAUAUUAUACUAAUUCCUUUUUCUACUAUGAACAUCUGAGCGAAAUAGCUAGCCUCUGCAGGAAUUGUAAUAUAUUCAUUCUUCGUCAAGAGGAGAGGAAACCACAGCUAUGAAUAUUCCUGGAUACAACGGUUCCAGCACAGUGCGGAAUGAAAAGCAAGAUUCCAAGGCCAAGAAAGAUGGAAGGCAAAAUCAUUCAGCACUAAACCCAUGGGCAGCAUACUCUAGAAAAUGGAAUAAGAUUUUCCUAGUUUCAUGUGUAAUUGGAGUCACAAUCGAUCCAUUGUUCCUCUACAUUCCAAUUGUAAACGAUGACCAAAAGUGCCUCAAUAUUGACCACAAUAUGAUGCAAAUAUUUCUUGUUUUGCGAUUCCUUACCGAUUUCUCCUACAUUCUAAACAUCAUUUUUCAGCUUCAAUCUGCAAUUGCAACGUCUAAGGAACUUGGUCAAUCUAUUUUUAUAGGUCUUCCUUGGUCUUAUCUUCUAAUUGAUAUUUUAGCCAUUCUUCCUCUCCCUCAGGUGGUGGUUUUGAUGUACUUUCCCAAGAUUACAGCAUCAAAAUCUUUGUUUGCAAGAGAGUUUCUCAACUUACUACUACUUUUCCAAUAUGUUCCUCGGAUUCUUCGUGUGUACCUUUCAGCCAAAGACUUAGGAAGGACUUUUGACUCACUCACUCAACGUGUAUGGGUCAGAGGUGCCUUCUUCUUCUUUCUUUACAUUAUUUUUGGUCAUGUGCUUGGAGCCUUUUGGUAUUUCUUUUCAAUUUUUCGUGAAACAGCUUGCUGGCACAUUGCUUGUAAAACUCUUGGAUCUCAGGAAUGCAAACCUGGUCCUUUUUACUGUCAUGGCAGUCACCCCAUUAAGAAUUUGACAAAGUUGAAUGAGUAUUGCCCCGUUAAUCCCCCAAAUGCAUCUGUCUUCAAUUUUGGAAUAUUUUCUCAUGCUCUUGAAUCUCGUAUAGUCUGCAAAUCAGAUUUUCUGCAAAAAUUCACUUCUAGUUUUUGGUGGGGUUUGAGAAAUUUAAGUUCUUGUGGUCAAAAUCUUGACACAAGUAGCAAUGUGCAUGAAAACUUGUUUGCAGUUCUUAUUUCCAUAUUGGGCUUACUUUUGCUUCUAUACCUAAUUGGAAAUGUACAGACAUAUAUACAACUUGCAACCACAAAGUCAGAAGAGGCAAGAAGAAAUAUAAGUAGCAAACAAAGAGAAAUAGAUUUGCAUCUAUCACACCUUGAUCUUCCACCGAAGAAAAGGGUAGUCAUCAAGAGAUACCUAUCCAGAGCAAUGAAAGAAGGCAAAGAGUUUGAUAUUGAACAACUAGUUUCUCUACUUAAUGUUAAAGCUCGUCAUAACCAGCACAACACCGAGACAUUUCCAGGUUUGGUUAUCAAAUUAUUGGAUGUGAAAAAGCAUGAGAAGAACGCAGCCGAACGAAAGGCAAAGUCAUGGAUACAACAAUUUGAAAGUCUAGAACCUAAAAUUGAAACAAUUAUGGAAUACGCAAGGCUAAGAUUGCAAGAAGGCAAAGAUGUAGACAUUGUACAUCUUUGCCAUAUUCUACCUUCGUCACUUGAAGUAUCAAUCAAGAAACUCAUUUGCUUACCAAUGAUAAACAAAGUUCCAUUGCUUCAAAACAUCGAUGACAAAGUUCUCGAAAAUUUCUGUAGUGUUUUAAAACCAGUCAUAUACUCAGAGAAUAGUUAUAUCAUUCGAAAGGGAGAGCCUCUUGAUAUGAUGUUGUUCAUCUUACAAGGUGUUGUGUGGACCUUUGACAGUAGUACUAGUUCAAUCGAGCGCCUUCAAAAUGGUGAUUAUUAUGGAAAUGAACUCGUGGAAUGGGAAUUGAACACAUCAAGAUGUUCCAAGUUCCCAGUCUCAAUCUGUAAUCUCAAAUCUCACACAAAAGUUGAAGCCUUUGCUCUUAGGGCUAUUGAUUUCGAGGAAGUACUGUUGAAAUGCUGGUGCAAGUUCUUUCAAAGCUUACCCAAUAAUGAAGCCAUGUCCGAGGGCAUGAGGUCUUUUGCAGCUACGUAUUUGCAGCGAGCUUUUCGACGCUACAUGAAUAAGAAAAAGUCACAACAGAAGAAGGGUCCAGGUCAAGAUAGGGAAGAGAUAAAGGAAAUCAUUAUUAAUUAAUGUUUCGUGAACUAUAAAAUAUGUAUUUUAUUAAGAGGUAUAUUUAAAUUGUGUUUGGAAUUUAUUAUGUAGGGAAUUUGUAAUCUUAAUAUAAUUUUCUGAGAUUAUUUUAAUUCAAGAUUUAGUUCUGAAA